AUGGAUGAAUACAACCCAGAGAGAGACGCAGAGGACGCUGACAAACUUCUUUAUGCUGAUAUCAGUAACAUAACCAGUGUGUUUGGAUUGGACUCCCACCCUACCAAAGUGGACCACUGUGACCUCCUCCUAAAUGCAAUUGAUGCACAGCUUGAUCAGCUGCAGGUGCAGCUUCCAAAAUGUAAUAUAAUUUCCAGACAGCACGAUCGCAGCACUCCAGCUGCUCUUAGGUGGAGCCAACCUCCAAGCAAAGAAAUAGGCCUCGGAAGAACAGCAUUAAAUGAUGAUCCUAUGUCCGGUCUUGAUUUGAUGCAGAUGCCAACGAUGGAGCAGAAGUCUGAGAAUAAGGUGGGCCACAGAGAGGGUCCUGUCACUCACAAGGAAACCAAUAAAAGACUUGACAGAAUCACUAGUGACAAAGAAGAAAGUCAGUGCCGGACGCAACAGGUCACCUGGAGACUUGAGAGGCUGCUCGGAGGCGUCUGUGAGGAAGGAAAGAUUUCACAGCAAACACAGUCUCCUUCAGACAGUAUCUGCACUGAGGACUUUGUCAGCCGCUUUAAAGAGGAGAUGGUGGAGCUGUCUUUGUCAGACGGUAUCCAACAAAUAAGCAGUGAAGAAAACGCAGAGACAACAGACGAGUCUGGCAGUGACACUUGCCUAAGUGAUCAACAUCAGCCACUUUUUGAGAGAGGAAAAUCACCAUCAGACGAGCUUGGUCAAGGACAGCAUCACAGAAAGUGUCUGUCUGAAAACCAUGACGUAAAUAUGUCGCACUUAGUUGAAGAUGGAGAAUUAGAAAAGAGAAGCAAUACACCACAGAGGUCUAGAGGCAACAACAGCGGAAUGCCUGUGUGGAGUUUUGGGAGUUUGUCUAUUGAAAGUGACUUUGAUACGGAUUCCACUGAUCGCAUCAGAAAGCACACUGACAAGCUGACGAGUUGGAAUUCUCUCCUUCAGUGUGUCACGGACAUGAAGGACCAUCGCUCCAACCAGAAUGACCCUGAUACACCCACACAGGCAGAGAGUGAAGCUCUGGCUGCACAAGGUGAGCAAGCUCUGACCGCGUAA